AUGGCCACCACCACGACGAUGUCCGACGGCGACACGCUGUCGACGCGCCUGGCGCGUUUCGAGCAGGCGAUGGAGUCUGUCUAUGGCAGCUUCGAGAGCAUCACCGACCCGGCGCAGUGGACGCCUCCGCCCAAGUCCGGCGGUCAUCGCGGCCGCUACCUGUGGACGGACGCCUUUGGCGUGAUCAACUUCGUGACGCUGCAUCAGGAACGCUCCAAAGCCACCCCGGCCGGCAGCAGCAACGACGUCUCGGACAAGUACCUGGUUCUCGCCCGGCGGCUGGUCGAAACGGUGCACGACGUCCUCGGCCGCACCCGCGAUGGCCGCAGCCGGCUGCCCGGGGCGACGGAUGAGAAUCCGCUCGGAGGCGGGCUGCGCAUUGGCAAGAUGGACGAGUCGGGCCCGGACGGCGACGGCCAGUACCAUCACUACUUGACCAUCUGGAUGUUCGCGCUCAACCGGCUGUCGCUGGCCACGGGCGACCCGACGUACAACCGGCAGGCCGUCGCCCUGGCCAAAGCCAUCCACCCCCGGUUCUUCGUCAACCGGCAGUCGACGCGGCCGCGGAUGGUCUGGAAGAUGUCGAUGGAUCUGUCGACGCCGCUGGUGCCGUCCGAGGGCAACCUCGACCCCAUCGACGGCUAUGUCAUCUUCCGGCUCCUCCAGGCGUCGGCCCAGGAGACGGGCGAUGGCAAGGUCCUGGACGAGGAGAUCGGCGACUACAAGAGGGUGAUGGAGCGAAAGGGCGAGCACUUCGUGUCCAGCGACCCGCUCGAUCUGGGCAUGACCCUGUGGACAGCGCACUGGUUCUCGGAGAAGGAGGGCUGGGCUACCCGGCUUGCAGGAAGAUGCUUUGAACAAAUCUACGAAUUGUUCGAGAUCGACCGUUACCUGGACCGAAGCAUCAAGUACCGUCUGGCGUUCCGUGAAUUCGGGACGUGCCUAGGCAUCGGCUGCCACUCGGAGCAGAGGUCGGAGAAGGAACGCUCCAUUGAUCUCAAGACAUAUGCAGACGCCAUCAUUGCAUCCUGGGAACCGUACAUAACAAAGUCCAUCUCCAAAGACGAGACCAAGUUGACUGCCGAUGACCUUCGCCCGAUCACCAGGGUCAUGUAUGCCUCGGCCUUGAUUCCCGGAGCAUUCUGCAUGGGUUAUCUCGGAUCGGAACCUAAAACAAGUCCUUGA